AUGGAUAUGAGAAAUUGCGUACACUGCCGUAUUCUCAUUUGGUCAUACGGUUCACAUUCAUUAAGUAAUGAAGGCCCCUCAAUGGAAACCUCUUUUAAUAGUGGGAAUAGAUGCCUGGACGAAUAUCUUCGUAAAUCUAAAUUCUUCCAAAUUGGCGAAUAUGUAAAUAAUAUUGAUAAGGAUUUUAAUCCGUCCGAUAUUUAUGAAUUUAUUCAUAAGAGGGUUUCCCCAAAAUCCAUAAUUAAAGUGAUCCCAUCAUCUCAAAUCACAAAGUCCAUUAAAAUAGCACAAGGCGGGUUUGGUGUCAUAUACCGGGCAACUUGGACGGAUGAAAAGUAUCGUCAUAGAAAAUCAGACAAGAUUGUUGCUGUAAAAAGAAUCAUAAAUUCUCAAAAUUCUAUCGGAGAGCUUGAAAUUAUUCACAACGCGGAUUUUGUGCAUCGAGAUCUUCAUAGUGCGAACGUAUUAUUUGUGAAAUCCAAUUACUCCAAAAAUCAAUGGCAAAUCGGUGAUUUAGGUUUAUUAAAACCUGCAAAUGAUAUUUUACCGGAAGACACAAUAUAUGGUGUAAUGCCUUAUAUCGCUCCUGAAAUAUUUAGAAAGUUUAAAUACUCUAAAGCAUCCGACAUUUAUAGUAUGGGAAUGAUCAUGUGGGAGUUCACAACGGGUUGUAGAGCUUUUGAUUACGUGGAGCACAAUAGUAAACUUAUACUUGACAUUAUUAACGGGUUACGUCCUGGCAUUACAGAAGAUACCCCGGAAUUGUUUGCUGAUUUAAUGGAAAAUUGUUGGGAACCUAAUCCAUUAAAAAGACCUUCUAUAACAGAAAUAUGUAAGACUUUAAGCCAUUGGCAUUCUGAAAAAAUAUAUUCUGAAAUAUUUAAUCGGGCUGAAAUAAGAAGACAUGAGUUAAUGAAUUUAAAGAAACUUGGUCCAGAAUAUGCCGAAAAACCUCAUUCAGAAGCUAUUUAUACGAGUAGAUCAUUUUCUUUAUUACGAGUAGAUAGAACGUUAAAUUAUUCAAAUUUAUCAAUUUAG